AUGUCUACAGCAGUAUUAAAGAGUCCCUUACAAAAAUCAUUAAAAAUUGCCUUAAUUCAAUUAAAGGCAGGAGCUGAUAAGGCUGCUAAUUUAGCUAAAGUAACUAAAUAUAUUGAUCAAGCAGUUAAAACUUCAACUGUUGGAACUCUUGAUUUGGUUAUGUUACCUGAAUGUUUUAAUAGUCCUUAUGCGGUAGAUCAAUUCCGUAAUUAUGCAGAAAUAAUUCCUUCUGGUGAAACCACUUCUGUAUUAUCUGAAUUAGCUAAAAAAUAUGGUAUAUUCAUAGUUGGAGGUUCAAUUCCUGAAUUAGAUGGUGAAAAAGUAUAUAACACAUCUUUAACAUUUGAUCCUUCAGGUAAGAUAAUAGCUAAACAUCGUAAAGCUCAUUUAUUUGAUAUUGAUAUUCCUAAUGGGAUUACCUUUAAGGAAUCAAUUAGUUUAAGUGGUGGUGAUAAAGCUACCGUAUUUAAAUUAGGUGAUUUUGGUAAUGUUGGUUUAGGUAUUUGUUAUGAUAUUCGAUUCCCAGAAUUAGCAUUAAUUGCUUCACGUCAUCCUCAUAAUUCAUUUGCUAUGUUUUAUCCGGGAGCUUUUAAUACUACAACUGGUCCUUUACAUUGGCAUGUAUUAGCAAGAUCUAGAGCUAUAGACAAUGAAGUAUAUACAGUGUUAUGUAGUCCAGCUAGAGAUGUAGAAGGUGGAGGAUAUCAAGCAUAUGGACACUCUUUAGUUGUUGAUCCCUUUGGAAAAAUUAUUGCUGAAGCUGGUGAAGGUGAAGAAAUCUUAUUUGCUGAAUUAGAUAAGGAUUUAUUACCAAAAGCUAGAGAAUCAAUUCCAGUUCAUUAUCAAAGAAGAUUUGAUAUCUAUGAAGACUUUGUGGGUAAAGAAAAGGCUAAAGUUAGCGAUUUAUAG